AUGUCUGCUAAUCCAGGAAACGCACUUAAGGCCUUGUCGCCUACCCCUCCGGAACGUGGAUCGUUCCCGUUGGAUCACGAUGGUGAAUGCACCAAACAGAUGCAGGAAUAUUUACAAUGCAUUCGGCUGGUAAAAGGCGAAAAUGCACCUAACUGUAGAUUGCUGGCCAAAGAAUAUCUCAACUGCCGCAUGGACCACCAGUUGAUGGAUAGAGACGAAUGGAAAAACCUGGGACUUCCAGACGACCCCAAACAAAGAUGA